UAACAUAAAAAUGAAAUUUUUGCUCCUUCUUCUCCCUGUAGUUGCAUUGGUAGCCACCCUCUUUUACAUCGAUCAACAUUAUAAGGGUAUCGAUAAGACCUUGGUACCGGUAUAUGAGCUAGAGAAUCACCAGAUUUCUUCAGACUUGGAGAUGCAAGUUGUUGAUCCUGAAACUGGCAAGUUGAAGGUUCAAGGUUGGGCUGUAUAUCCAAACAAGCUAUCUUAUCAGCCUUCUUUAAGCAAGACCUACUGGCCCAUUCUUAGUAGAGAUAAGCAAUGGAACUACUUCUAUGUUAGAAACAAGAACUAUCUGGUGACUAUGGCUCAUGCCAAUGUUGGAGUUGUCAAAUCUUCCUACAUCAACGUGCUUAAGAUUGGAGGAGACUAUGAUGUCACUGAAACUCUGAUCGAAGAUUAUUUUGGGAAUUAUGUAUUCAUUGAUGUGAAUAAAAAUGGUAACGGAAUUUACUCAGUUGUUGAACAUCCAGACCUCACUAUGAAGUUUAUCAAGCCUGAGGGAGACACUGAGGUUCAGAUCAAUGUGAAUAGUAAGACCGACGAUCAUACCAUCUCUGCAAAUCUUGUUGGUGUAAACUGGAGUGAAGGUAUCACCCAUGUUGAGAAUCAAACUAUUGAUGGAGACUAUCACUCUUUUAACACAAAGAUGUUGGUUGAUUUUGUUGGGAGCGUCACCCUGAAUGGAAAGAACAUUAUGAAAUGUACAUCCAAAAACCCAUGCAUGGGACUCCAUGACAACGGAAGAUCUGUAGGAAAAUACACAAAUGUCUGGGUCUGGGGAUCUCUUGCUUUUAAAGUUCAAGGAGGUAAGAGAGGACAAACAAAGAAAAUUGGUCUCAAUUUGAGCGGAUCUGAAGCUACUCAGAAUGCCUCUGGUGACGCAAUCUGGAUCGACGAUAAAAUCUAUAAACUUGACUCAAUAGUAGUCGACAAAGUAAAUGACACUACGUGGACAUUAAAAAGCUAUGUAUCUAAGGGGCAGAAAUAUCCUAAAAAUAAGAUUGAUCUAACCUUCAAAGUAGAUGCCAAGCAUACCAUUUCAAAGAACUUCAUUAUCAUUGAUAUUGACUUUAAUUCAAACUUUGGAAUUAUGAGUGGCACGAUCGAAUCGGAAGAUGGCCAAAAGAUUGAAUUUAAGGACGAGUUUGCAUUUGUCGAAGAAAUGUUCUCAAGAUGGUAAAUACUUGAUCGGGUAAAAAUUCCCUCCCUAA